AUGGAUUUGCAAUACAGUAGCCCUAAUGACGCUGCUUUAGCAGUAGUGGCCACUGCCAUGAAGAAGUCAAGGUUAAAAUUACAUAUUCUGCUUUUGAAUUCGAUAGUAGGUGGUGCAUUGUUUAGUUCUGGGGGGUUCUUAUAUGUUGGUUUUAAUUCAGAGAAUCCAAAAUUAGUAGCUGAAAAUCCAGGUAUUGGCAACUUUGUUGGUGCUGUAUUUUACGGCAUCGGUUUAUUUUAUGUUAUUAUCACUGGUGCUGAUCUAUUCAAUUCUAAUAUUUUAUUUUUUACAGUAGGUUUACUUAGAGGAGCUGUGACAAUAUAUGACUUGCUUAUAUCCUGGUUUGUUAGUUGGCUAGGGAAUAUCGCUGGGACUCUAUUUGCUGCAUACGUCUUUUUAUUUCUAUCUGGGUCAGGCGCCACUGCGCAAUGGUCGGAAGGUUCUAGACAAGUGUUAGAAUCAAAAGCUUCAUUUUCUUUUAUUCAAGUUUUUUUGAAAGGUAUUGCAGGUAAUUUCUAUGUUUGUCUAGCAGUGUAUUUACAAAUGAUGGCAAAACCUAUCCACGUCAGGUAUAUCAUGGCUUCUCUCCCUAUUUUCACAUUCGUCUCCUUGGGGUAUACUCAUGUGGUAGCAGAUAUGGCGGUUGCAUAUAUUGGUUUAUUGAAUGGUGCAGAUGUUUCAGUUGGAAAAUAUAUAUGGAAAUUAUUGGUUCCCGGGUCCAUAGGAAAUAUCAUUGGCGGAUCUGCAUUUGGAAUCAUUAUACCAUACUUCAUGCAUAUUGUAGUUGUCGAAAUGGAUAAAAAAGAGUUGGCUAUUCCUGAAUAUGAGGCUAGAGAUGAACAUCCAGAAUUAAAUACAGACUCAAGAGUGGUUAGACUUAAGGUUCCUGAAGCAGAUAUGGACACGGAGACGGAUACUGAUGCCGAAGCUCAUGUAGAUGAUGAUGUUGAUGAAAAAAAUGACACUGGAUCCACAAUGGAUCAGACUAGCCCGUAUCGUGGUUCUUGGGCUCCACCUCCAGAUAAUUCAAGUAUCCAAGAUGACUCGCUAUACGAUUCAGCGGAUACUCCCAAGGAUUUUAGAAGACAGCCAAGCCUUUCAAGGACUGGAACACAUGCAUCACGUAUAACAAUUGCUUCUGCUAAAUCAAGGGCAGCUAGUCACAUUAUAGCAUCACCUCCAGGUGUAUUCCCCAUUUUAGGAAUGGGCAAAGCUCCUUUGAAGGAAAGACAAAUACAAAGUGGUAAUUAUAAAGCUUCGGGAGAUUCAGAAAGUUUACAAAAAGUCUCUACACAAAAAACAGAGCGUCAUUAUAAUAGAACUUCAUCAUCUCAAAGAUCAAUGGAUAGCAAUGAAUCAAAAAUAUACAGCACUACUCAAGAGAUAGAAGAUUUUGAAACCGACAAAAGGUUAAAUUAUGAUGUAACCAGAGAUAAACCAGGCGCAGCUUUAAAGAGAGCAGUAACUAACACGAUCUAUAAACUAACCAGAACACGUACUGUGGAAAGUAAAUUACCUCAGACCACUCAAGAUAUGGUUGUCACAGAUAAUCAAAAUAUGCAAACCAUGAAUCCUAGUUCUAGCCAAGCUUCCAUCAAUCAAUCAAUAGAAAGCUAUUUAUCUUAUGUCAAUUCAUCUAUCGACUGA